CUUUCCCGGUUGACAUGUGGGGACUGGGUUGUACAGUGGCCGAGUUGGCUACUGGACGCAUCCUCUUUCCGGCCAUCAACAAACACGACCAGCUCCCGUGUUAUAUGGAGACCCUCGGGAUGCCUCCUCAGAAUUUGAUUGAUGGCGCGCCUGGGAGAAACAAGUACUUUGAUGGUUCGGGGAUGCCUUUGAUGUCCGGACAAAGCAGGGUCCCAGGCAGUCACCCCCUCUACCUGGCACUCGGGAGCCAGGACACGGAGUUCCACGACUUCAUUAGCCGCUGCCUGGAAUGGGAUCCAGCUCUGCGGAUGACACCAGCAGAGGCACUGGCGCACAGCUGGCUGAGGGAUGAGGAAAUUCCGAGGGAUGAGGAAAUUCCGAGGGAUGAGGAAGUGCCGAGGGAUGAGGAAGUGCCGAGUCAGUGUGUCCCUGUUGUGGACACAUCAAUCCACUCAGAGGCAUCCGCCAAGGAGGAGAAUAGACAGUGGGGUGAACCCCUGCAGAAAGAGAAGAAGAAGUCACGUCUGGUUCGAGCAUACAGGGCCGUAUGCUCAUUCUUCCGUGGCUUUAAGAAAUGCACCGCAUGCGACCAUAAUGCUCAUCCUGGGCACGUACACAUUCCACACACCGUAUACACACACGCUCGCCUAAGCGAAUACAUGAGCAACUUCCGGUGCUAGCAUCAAUAUCAGAUCCCAUCUCCUGAGUUUUUUACCCCCACACAUUUAGAAUAAAUCCCCUCUUAACGACGGUAAUUG